AUGGAACGUCUAACCAUCGUGAUGUUCCCGUGGCUCGCCCACGGCCACAUCUCGCCCUACCUCGAGCUCGCCAAGCGCCUCUCCCUCCGAAACUUCUCCGUCCACCUCUGCUCCACCGCCGCCAACCUCAGGUCCGUCGAGGGCAGCCUCGGCGCCGCCUCCUCCUCCCUCCGCCUCGUCCCGCUCCGCCUCCCGGAGACCCACCUCGCCGCCGGGCUCCACACCACCAACGGCCUCCCGCCCGACCUCAUGCCCCUCCUCAAGCGCACGCUCGACCUCGCCGCCCCCGAGCUCCGCCGCGUCCUGGGCCAGCUCCGCCCCGACCUCCUCGUCUACGACUUCCUCCAGCCGUGGGCCCCGCUCGUGGCGAAGGAGCUCGGGAUCCCGGCCGUGGAGUUCAUCACCAGCUCCGCCACCAUGAUGGCCUACCUCUUCCACUUCUUCUCCCUCCCCGAGGCCGAGGCCGCGGAAUUCCCCUUCCCGGAGAUCCACUACCGGGAUUACGAGCUCCCCCACCGCGAGAGCCUCCUCGCGGCCGACGAGAAGGUCAGGAGCGACGCGUUCGACGGGGUCAGCCGCUCAAACGGCGUCGUUCUGAUCAAGGGUUUUAGGGAGAUUGAGUCAAAGUAUAGUGCCUAUUUGGAGAAGCUAUUGAGGAAAAAAAUUGUUGCUGUAGGUGCAUUAGUUCAAGAAGCAGUUCCCAUAGAUCAUGAAUUGAUUAAAUGGCUAGACAAUAAGGAGAAGAGUUCCACUAUAUUUGUUUCAUUUGGGAGUGAGUAUUUUCUCACAAGAGAAGACAUGAUGGAGCUUGCUCAUGGCUUGGAGCUUUCCAUGUUAAACUUCAUAUGGGUGGUGAGGUUUCCCAAAAGGGAGGAUGGUAACAAGAUUGUUCUAGAAGAUUCCUUGCCACUAGGGUUUCUUGAGAGGGUGGAGGGGAGGGGCCUGGUGGUGGAGGGGUGGGCCCCACAGGCUCAGAUUCUAGGGCAUGAGAGUGUUGGGGGUUUUGUGAGCCACUGUGGGAUAAGCUCAAUGAUGGAGAGCAUGAAGUUUGGUGUGCCUAUCAUAGCUAUGCCUAUGCAUCUUGACCAGCCCCUCAAUGCCAGGCUGGUGGGGCUGAUCGGCGUGGGCGUGGAGGUCGUCCGGGACGCGCGCGGGAGGCUCGAGAGGGGGGCCGUGGCACGGGUCGUACGCGGCGCUGUGGCGGACGAGGGCCUCAGGAGGAGCUCUGGCAGCAUGAGUGAGGUGAUCCGGCUCAAGGGCGAUGAGGAGAUCGAUGAAGUCGUGGAAGCUUUUCUCGAGCUUUGCAAUAACAACAACGACAACGACAACCACCUCCAAUCCAAUGGCUACCAUUGA